ACUGAUGAGUGACACUGAAAGGCAGCUCAGAUGGGCACUGAUAUGUGGCAUUGAUGUGCACUGGUAGACACUGAUAUGUGGCAUUGACUGUGGCACUGGCAUGGCAUGGAUGAGCACUGACAGCUGGCACUGAUGGACACUGACACGUGGCACUGCUGGAGCUACACAGAUCAUCAGGGCACACUGAUCAUCAGUGCCCUGAUGAUCAGUGCACAUGUCCCCUCUGAGGAAUCUUUUGAGGAGAGAAAUGUUGAUAACCGGCAUUUCCUUAUUUACAUGCAAUCAGCUGUGAUUGGACACAGCUGAUCACAUGACCGAGCCGACAUCUUCGAC